AAAUUGAAAUGCAAUUUUUUUGUAAAGCCGGGAGGUAAAUAUGAUUUUGUAUAAGCGCCGCUUUGAAUAAGUCAACCUACGUAUACUUGCAGCGAAUGUAUUUGGAGCAUCAAACCAAGCCCAUGUGGUGACCCAAGUUUAGCUUGCAAUUGUAGCUUGCAAGCUGAAGUUGUGUAAUGUCGCUAGCUACUCUUGCAUGCUUUUGAAUGUGAGAUUAGUUUGUUAGCUAGCUAGAUAACGUUAGCUCCGAAAAUGCCGUCGGCUGGAUCUGUUGUAACCCUAUACUGUGCUCUAAGUUUACUUUUACACAGUGCGCACACGAAUGCAAAAGACUUAAAAGAGUCGUGUUCGACUUGCAGAGGGAUCACCGACAACUUCAAAAAGGGGUUUGACAAAACAACAAAGAAGAACUUUGGAGGUGGAAACACUGCAUGGGAGGAGAGGGCACUGUCAAAGUAUGAGACCAGUGAGAUUCGCCUGGUGGAGAUUUUGGAGGGCCUGUGUGACAGCAGCAACUUUGAGUGCAAUCACAUGGUAGAGGAACAUGAGGAGGAGCUUGAGACCUGGUGGUUCAAGAGGAAAACAAAGCACCCUGACCUUUUUAAAUGGUUCUGCAUCGAUACCAUCAAAGUGUGCUGUCCCAAAGGAACAUUUGGCCCUGACUGCAAUGGCUGUGUAGGGGGGUCUGAGAGACCCUGCCAUGGCAACGGGGCCUGUGAUGGAGAUGGAACAAGGGGAGGCCAUGGCAGGUGUAGCUGUAAUCAGGGCUACCAAGGGGAGUUCUGCUUGGACUGCGUCGAUGGACACUUCAAUGUGUUUAAGAACGACACCUUUUCCGUCUGUGCAGAGUGCCACGCCUCCUGCAAGACUUGCACAGGAUCAACCAAUCAGGAUUGUGGCGAGUGUAAACCCGGAUGGGCCAAGAGUGAGGGCGGGGCCUGUAAUGAUGUAGACGAGUGCUCAAAGGAAUCACCUCCUUGUGGAGAACAACAGUAUUGUCUCAACACAGAUGGUUCAUAUUCCUGCCAAGCCUGUGACAAGGCCUGCACUGGCUGUAAAGGGGCGGGGCCUAGCAACUGCCUCGCCUGCGCCGAAGGGUUCAAGGAGGACGAGGGCGCCUGCACAGAUAUUAAUGAGUGUGAGCAGCCUGAUGAGGCUUGCCCUGGAGAGCACCGUGAGUGUGUUAACAUCAAGGGCAGUCACAGGUGCAUCUGCUCCAGCAAGUUUGAGGAGAAGGAUGGAGUCUGUGUCCAAACCGAAGAGCCAGCAGCAUCAGAGGAAAGCCAAGAGGUGCUGGACUCCGAACCACCAGAGGCCGCAGAGCAGAAGUACCCAGAGGGGCAUGAGGACCUAUGAUGUCAGAGACGCGUGUGGGGCACAGCUGUGACCCCUGUGGGACAGCUAAAGGACAGCUCGACUGUAACUGGAGGCAUUCACACUCAACUACAAAUGGUUUGAACUCUGUGGCACUUGCUGUACAUAUUUACUGAACUGCACUAUAGGGAACAACCUUUUUACAUGAGAAAACCGGACAGCCAUGAGGAUCUUGGCAUUGGCCCCAGACGCACUUAUUUUUGUAAAGGACACCCCGGUUUGACCCAAUAAUGGCACAAUAAAUGUUGUUUGUUUUCAUGUCUUGUCCUCUUUUCUUUCUGAUUAUGCUCAAGUAAAGGUGAUUCAAAUGGACGUUCAGUAUUGAAAAUUAAAGUAUUCAUGAAUUCUA